AUGGUCCACUCACCGCCAUCGCUGUUUGCCACCCUCCCGCUUGAGCUCAUUACGGAGAUCUUGAGCUAUUGCUCGAACCAGUGCAUUGAAAUUCACUCCGACACCUCGAGAACCGCAUUGCAAUCCUGUCAAGUUCUUGCUGGGGGAGAGCUCGUUCUAUUGGCGCAGACUUGCCACUGGGUCCGGCGUGUCGUCCGGAGCACGCCGACCCUCUGGAACACUAUCAUUGUCGAUCUCCGCUGCUUCCGCGACCUUCCGGAGGAAGAUUUGAUCUCAGACCCGCGCAGUGAGUACAACUGGAUGCUUAGUCUGCUCAACCAAGUCCUUGGUCGGGGGCGGAACAGCCCUCGUCGCAUCGAAUUGUACUCCCCGUACGGCCUCCAUCCCCGCCAUUUCAUCCAGAUCUUGACGCUUUGGGCCGCUCAUUGGCACAACAUCAGAUUUUCAAUGAAUAACGACAUGCUUGACCUCCUCCAAGGUGUGAGCUUCCCAUCACUGAAAUCCCUUUCGCUGCAGCUUCCGUAUAAGCGGCGCGCGGCGCGCGCCCACUCAGCAAUUCGACAACCAGGCUACAGCCUCGACUUCCUCUCCACUCAAUACGCGCCUCGGCUCUCAUUUCUGUCCAUAUUUGGUGCUUUGCCUAGCAUUGAUGAUCUUGCUCCGCUUUUAUCGACAUUUGUCUGCUCUCUACGUUACGCUGAUAUGCCCUUCAUCCUCAAGAUUGUACCUCACCUAACUUCUGCCGCGGGACUGGAUCUUGCAGUCUUGUCAUCAUUUAAUCAUGACGUCCGCAAGGUGCUCCACAGCGAUGGGGCACUGUUUCAUCGGCGCGUGACGAGCACUCUUGGGAAACUCUCCAUCACGCAAAUUUCGCACCACUCAACAUGGGAUUCCGAUGGAAAUGCUGUUGGUGUCAUCCUUGACUCGCUCGCCCUGCCCGAGCUGUCUUCGUUCCGCAUUUCGGCCAGCCGUACACCGGUUGUCUGGCCACACGUCUCGGGGCUCGCGUUUCUGCAACGAUCUGGCCAAUCACUUACCAGCCUGGACCUUGUGACCGUUUGUCUGUCCACCGCUCAGCUCCUUGCCGUCCUUGGCGCUGUCCCGCUCCUCACGUCGCUUUACAUCCGCGACAAUGCGGACAGCGAUGUUCCCGCCCUGGUCACGGAUGACCUGUUCGUUGCCGUCAAACUGCACCAGCCGGCGUUGGUCCCUGCACUGUCUGGCCUGAGCAUUGGCUCGCGGGCGGCUUUCACCACAUCCGCGCUCAUGCAACUGCUUCAACACCGACAGGAGGCGCAAUUGGUGGUGGUUCUGUAUUGGCUCGCUGGGUACGGCACCGCGUCUUUCCAAGAGGAUGUGGAGAAGAGUCUCGAUGAGUGGGAUGAUCAAAUGCAAAAACGGGAGGCCCAGGGACCGGAUCCCGGUGGGCAUAUAUAG